GCGAAUUAUAUAUCAACUCUCUCCCGCUAGCUAUCCUCUUUCUUUAGAUUCAGAUACAGCUUUCCAAAUUCUUCCCAGUUAAUCCAGCCAUGGAAGAAUCCUUCCCUGACGAUGAUAUCACAUCCUCUCUCUUAUCAAAGAAUAAGGAUGAGGAAGUGGGUCAGGAGAUAACCAGUGAAGAAGAGAACUCGCCGGUGAGACAAGUGGCUCUAACGGUGCCGAAGACGGACGACACGUCGCUUCCGGUUCUGACGUUCCGGAUGUGGGUGUUAGGGACAAUCUCAUGCGUCUUACUUUCAUUUCUGAAUCAGUUCUUCUGGUAUCGCACUGAGCCUCUCACCAUCACCGCCAUCUCAGCCCAGAUCGCCGUCGUCCCUCUCGGCCACUUCAUGGCUUCCAAAAUCUCCGACCGAGUCUUCUUCCAAGGCACACCCUUCGAGUUCACUCUCAAUCCUGGACCUUUCAAUGUGAAAGAGCACGUUCUCAUCACCAUCUUUGCAAACUCUGGUGCUGGUACUGUUUAUGCCAUCCAUGUUAUUACUGUUGUCAAGGUUUUUUAUAAGAGACACAUCUCCUUCUUCGUCUCCUUCCUCGUAGUCAUCACAACUCAGGUAUUAGGAUUCGGAUGGGCUGGUAUAUUCAGGAGGUACCUCGUGGAACCAGCAGAAAUGUGGUGGCCGGCAAAUUUAGUUCAAGUUUCACUCUUCAGGGCACUGCAUGAGAAAGAGGAACGGCCCAAGGGAGGUUUGACACGAGCCCAAUUCUUCGUAAUUGCCUUCUUAUGCAGCUUCGCCUACUAUGUAUUUCCUGGCUACCUUUUCGAGAUGUUGACUUCUCUCUCUUGGAUAUGUUGGAUAUUUCCCAACUCAAUCCUGGCCCAACAACUUGGUUCUGGGCUUGAUGGGCUUGGUAUUGGGGCAAUUGGGCUUGACUGGUCCACCAUAUCGGCCUACUUGGGAAGCCCACUAGCAAGUCCAUGGUUUGCCACAGCAAAUGUUGCCGUUGGAUUCUUUGCGGUGAUGUACAUUUGGACUCCGCUUUGCUAUUGGUUGAAUGUGUACAAAGCCAAAACGUUUCCCAUAUUUUCUGACAACAUGUUUAACUCCAAUGGUCUCACAUACAAUAUCUCAGCCAUAGUGGACUCCGAUUUUCAUCUAGACAUCGCAGCUUACGAGCGACAAGGUCGUCUCUAUCUUAGCACUUUUUUUGCCAUGACUUAUGGUGUUGGCUUUGCUGCUCUCACAGCUACAAUCGUACACGUGGCUCUGUUUCACGGAAGAGAAAUAUGGGAGCAAACGAAAUCAAGCUGGGUUAAAAGUAAAAUGGAUAUACACACAAAGUUGAUGAGGAGGUACAAGAAAGUACCCGAGUGGUGGUUCGUGAGCAUAUUGAUUGUAACCAUCGCAGGCACCAUAUUUUCUUGUGAGUAUUACAACGAACAGCUUCAACUUCCUUGGUGGGGCGUUUUACUUGCUUGUGGUAUCGCCAUCUUGUUCACCCUCCCCAUUGGGAUAAUCACAGCAAUCACAAAUCAAACGCCAGGAUUGAACAUUAUAACAGAGUACAUAAUAGGAUAUAUUUACCCAGGAUAUCCAGUGGCAAAUAUGUGCUUCAAGGUUUACGGGUACAUUAGUAUGACACAAGCAGUGACAUUCUUGCAAGACUUGAAGUUAGGACACUACAUGAAAAUCCCUCCAAGAACAAUGUUCAUGGCCCAGGUUGUGGGAACCUUAAUUUCAGGAAUUGUCUACUUGGGGACAGCAUGGUGGCUCAUGGAAACAAUACCGGACAUAUGUGAGGACACGUCCUCGGUGUGGACAUGUCCAAGCGACACAGUAUUCUAUGAUGCUUCCGUGAUCUGGGGUUUGAUUGGGCCACGUAGGAUCUUCGGAGACGAAGGUUAUUAUGAAGCAGUGAAUUGGUUCUUCUUGGGAGGUGCAAUUGCUCCUCUUUUAGUUUGGUUAGCUGCUAAGGCAUUCCCAGAACAAGAGUGGAUUUCACUGAUCAAUCUUCCCGUCUUGCUCGGCGCCACUGGGAUGAUGCCGCCCGCGACUGCCGUGAACUACACUACUUGGAUCAUUGUUGGGUUUCUUUCUGGGUUUGUUGCGUAUAGGUAUUUCCCUGAUUGGUGGAAACGUCGUAACUAUGUGCUUUCCGGGGCACUUGACGCUGGUCUUGCGUUUAUGGGCGUGCUUUUGUAUCUUUGUCUUGGAUUAGAAGAUAUUAGUCUUGAUUGGUGGGGCAAUGACAUUGAUGGUUGUUCUCUUGCUCACUGCCCAACCGCCAAGGGAGUCGUAAUUAAGGAUUGCCCUGUUUUCACAUGACUCUAGUAGUUGCUCCAUGAGGCUGGACAAGGCAUGAGAGGAGCCAUGCUAGGAAAAUUUUGAAUUCAUAAUCACUUGUAUAUAAAAAUGUUUGGAUAUUCUUAAAAAAUUAUUAGAUUUGAGUUUAUAAUUGAUUUUGAUAUGUAUAAUAGAUAUUUGGAUACUUAAAAAAAAUUAUGAUUUUAAGUUUAUAACUGAUUUUUUUUUUUGACAUGUACUCUCCUUUUAAAUUAUAAAACACUUUUGGGUGA